AAGCAACGAAGAUGGCGGCCAUUUCAAAAGCUGAAUACUUAAAACGUUAUUUAUCGACAUCAGCAGACGAGGAUAAGAAAAAGAAGAGAAAGAAGAAACCUAAGGCACCACAGAAGUUUGCUCGCUCGGUUAUCGUCGAUGAUGAUGUCAGCUGGAAGGAUUUACAGCCAAAAGAUGAAGAAUCAACAGUCAWGGAGGAAAAGUUUGAAAAUGCUGGAGACGAAGCUCCUGUUGUUUACGACGAAGAUGGCGUUGAAGCGAUCUCUUUAGACGUUUAUAAGAAGCGAGAGGAUGACCAGAAGUCCAAAUGGGCUCCUUUGAAUACAAAUAAUGGGGCAGAGGGCCAGGAAAAAGURAGAUCAAGUUCGCCAAAUCGAAAUCUUUCACUUGUAAGACGAUCGAGAGCAGAUACUCCAGAUAAUUCACCCCCCAGAAAUAGAAAUCAUGGCAGUCCCGAUCUUUCACCCUCUAGAGAUAAAAUCAGAUCGUUGAAAAAAAGACCAAAAGAGCACCCAUCCAGGGGAGAGGACAGUAGGUAUUUGUCAAGUGAGAAAGAUUCUAGAGCAGAUAGUGACUUUUCUUUGGGUGCUAAAAGGUCUAGACAUGAUUCCCCUGAUUUAACGCCUCCACGAGCUCGAGGACAGCGACAUGACAGCCCUGAUACUUCUCCGGUCAGACGGAACAGGCAUGGCAGUCCUGACCAAUCACCAGCAAGGAGGCAACGGCAUGACUCUCCUGAUCUGUCUCCUGACCGAGGUAUUAAGGGUAAUAAUUCUGAUCAUUCACCACCAAGAAGACGUCRACACGACUCGUCAGAUCUAUCACCCCCUCGAGGUACUAAAGGCAAUGAUUCUGACCAAUCUCCACCAAGGAGACGACGGCAUGAUUCAUCAGAUCUCUCUCCACCUCGAGGCACCAAGGGCAGUGAUUCUGACCAAUCUCCACCAAGAAGACGACAAGCAGGAUUGCUUUCAGCAGAAGACUUAAAAAGGGAAAAUGCCUUAACCAGAAARCGUGAAGAUGAAAUGUUUGCAAAAAUGGACAGUCGGAAAUCUGGUAAAGAUGCAAAAACCGUCCACCGUGACAAAAGUGGUAAGAUAAGAGACUUGGAGGCAGAAGAGCAGAAGAAAAAAGAGGAAGACAAGAAGAAGGCGAUUCAUGAUGAGAAAUUUAAGAAAUGGGGCAAAGGCAUCGUUCAGACACAGGAAGCCCAGAAAAAGAUGGAAGAUUACCUUCAUGAGGUGAACAAACCCCUGGCACGGUAUAAAGAUGACAAGGACUUGGAUGCCAUGCUUAAAGAACAAGAAAGAGAAGAUGAUCCCAUGUUAGCUUACAUGCAAAAGAAGAAAUCUGUGGUUAAGAAAAAGGCUGGAGUCAAAGAGAGACCAACCUACAAAGGACCACCUCCUCCACCUAACAGGUUCCGCAUCCCCCCAGGCUACCGAUGGGAUGGUGUCGACCGAUCCAAUGGCUUUGAGAACAAACGAUUCACUAUGUUAGCCAAUAAGAAAGCAACUGAAAAAAUGGCACAUAAAUGGAGCGUAGAAGAAAUGUAAAAUAAUGAACUGUCAUCAGGUCAUGUUCCAGGAAAGCCCUCACUUUAGAUGUGACGGAGACCCCACCUUGGGGGGUGGGGUAAGGAUUUUGUUGUCCAUUGCGAAUAAAGCUCAGAUUAUUGAAAAUGGAUGAAUAUUAUCAACAAGUUCUCAUUAAAAGACUGAAGCCCCAGUAGGUGUUUAUUGACCCAUACAGCAACAUCUSUAGCAUAUACAUCUAUUUCAAAAAACGUUUGUGCAGUUUUAAUUUCUUGUGUGCACCAAGCAUGAAAUGCAUUAUGGGUAAGGCGAAUUCAAUCAAUAAAAGGUGAUAUGGAAUUUUCCCAUUUUGCAUGUUUUCCCAGUAUAUUUUCUUUGGUAUUAGAUUGUGUGGCACUACACAGGCAACGUAUAUGUUGAUAUUAUUUACAUAACAAUAUUAUAUGUUUCAAGUAUGGUAAGGAA